AUGGAACUGUCCCCAUCAACCUGGAGAAUCCUCGGUCUCUCCGUCACAGCAGGGUACAUCGGGCUCGGUACAUUUGCCAUUACGCAGCCGGUUCUCGCUGCCCAGGGCUUUGGGAUCUACCCGGAGAGCACACCGCCACCAUCGACGAAUAGAGCCUUCAAAACGGACAAAGACGAGCAUGCCAGCGCAGUCACGACUUCGAUGCUCCUGCUCGGCGCGAGGGAUCUCACCAUCGGUCUUGCGCUGGCUUCGUUCGAUUACCAAGAAAAUCCUCGUGCCAUGGGAACACUGAUCUUGAGCAGCUUCGUGCUCUGCGGCGUCGAUGUGCAUGAGAUCUGGAAGCUACGUGGGCCGGCUUGGGGUUGCGCUUUCGCGGUCGGCGCAAGUAUUUGGAUGGCUAUCGGGUAUGGCAUGAUUCAGUAG